UUAGACCGUGUAAGUUUUAUGUUAAUCUGUGAUCUUCACGAUUUUUGUUUCUUACCAAUUCUGUAACGUUCCAUUAAAAUGAUCGUCUUGACUCGAUCAGAGCGCCAUCUUUGUUCAUUUUAAUAGUUUUAGUUUUAUUCGUUCAUAAUCUUUCUCUUGAGGUACACCAAAUCGGAUGACUUUGAUCGCAUCACUUACAAUGACACAGUGAGGGCGCCCUACAUGAGUCUACCGGUGGAGAAGGUGACUGAGCUGUACAACGCCAUCAAGAUUUUCAAUCAAGUCAUGUAUCGACCAGAAAAUCUCGUUCACCACCGGCUCGUUGCAGGUGAGAUUGUCACUUUCCACAACAGUCGUGUCCUACAUGGUAGAAGUGCCUUUACAGUAACAAAAGUUGGCAGUCGGCAUCUUGAAGGUGCUUACAUCGACUGGGACGAGGCUUAUUCACGCAUGCGUGUUCUUCGAGAAAAGCUUUUUGGUGACAAACGUCUCUGAACAUUUCCAAAGUUGACUGUAUGUUUUGGGAACGGUUUGAUUCAUCAUAUUAACUCCAGUUUAGUAUUGCUUAAAGGCAGUGGACCAGUUGGUUUUACUUAAAUAAUUAUUAGCAUAAAGCCUUAUUUGGUGACGAGU